UGUGAUUUUGCGAUAAUCGUUUUGUUGAGAUAGUUACUGACAUUAAUUUUCCAGAUGGGUGAGUGACAAUUUUUCCCUUUCCAGAUUCUGCCCCUUUCGAUACGGCUGCGGUGCGUACGUUGCGAACGAUGAGGCGUCUCACCGAGUACCAGGUCAUCGGGCGUCAUCUGCCCACCGAGGCCAACCCCACGCCCAAGCUGUACCGCAUGCGCAUCUUUGCGCCCAACACUGUUGUGGCCAAGUCGCGCUUCUGGUACUUCUUGACCCAGCUCCGUAAGGUCAAGAAGGCCAACGGUGAGAUCGUCAGCCUCAAUGUGAUCAACGAGAAGCGUCCCCUCAAGGUCAAGAACUUCGGUAUCUGGAUCCGUUACGACUCGCGCUCUGGUACCCACAACAUGUACAAGGAGUUCCGUGAGAUGAGCAGAACCGACGCCGUUGAGGCUCUCUACCAGGACAUGGCUGCCCGUCACCGUGCCCGUUUCGGCUCCAUUGCCAUCCUCAAGGUCGUUGAGGUCAACGACGCCGAGAGCAUUCGCCGCCCCUACAUCAAGCAGCUCCUCAGCAAGGACCUCAAGUUCCCUCUGCCUCACCGUGUUUCCAAGCCCGCUGGCAAGAAGAUCUUCGCCUACUCGCGGCCGUCUACCUUCGCAUAAAUGUGAAGUUGUCGGAUUGGGGGGAAGGAGUGUGCGGAUGAAUGACUAUGUAAUGGCCAUAGCAUGCAUGAAGGACACGGAUCACGCGGAGAGCAUGGCGUGUAUCUACAACCCAAACAAUGGGAAGGAUGGUUUUGAUGUCUCUUUAGUCCUCUGCAGCGACCCUUUCAAGUUAUAUCACACAAAAAUAUUGGGGUUAACUUUUUUUCAAUGUCACGGUUCUGUCAAUGUAGCUCAUGAUGAUCAUCUAACUCAAGUCAAUCACGAUGUUCUCUUCUUCGAGGCAUGGUGCAGUAUUGAUGUAAUGUCGAGGUGUGAUAGCACCAAGUACAGCGAAGGGAAGCUUACGAUAGCUACUGAUAAAGAUGCUGUCGUCAAUCAUACAGAUACUCCAAUACAACCAACGUAGUCAAAAUAUCUUGACGCCGAG